AGAGAAAGAAGUAAACUUAUUCAGAAGUUGGCGUCUGCAAUAAGAGAUAAGGAUGAAGAUGUGAAGAAAGGGUGGAAGUCCUGGGUUGAAGAGCAUAUGAAAAACCCAUCAGCCAAAGAGACAUUUGAAAAAACGUGGAAACCUGUGGAUAUGGAGAAAGAAAUUAUGGCUCUGUCAUCAAAUGAAUCUAGCAUAGAUAUUGACACUGAUGAAGGCAGUCCCCUGUCUGCUCCUUCUUCGCCAGUACCUAGUGCAUGGACAGCAUAUCAACAAUCAUCACCCCAGACCUCAACGCAACCUACUUUAGCUCCCUUAAGACCCUUGAAAACCACUGCCUUGGACAAGCAUACAUCACUGAGGUCGAUCUCUGAAGAGUUAAGCUCACCUACCUCAGUCCCCAAACCACCUGCUACUAACAAGCAGCAUAGCGGUGCAGCGAGAGUACGUUCCAUCGAUAAGCUUAAGGCUGAUGGUCAGUCACUGGAAAGGAAAGAGUUUCCAAGACCGCCAUACCCAUAUUCUUGCAUCACUGCUUUGGCUUUGAAAAACAGUAAGGAGGGAACGUUACAGGUUCAGGAAAUCUAUAAAUUUAUCCAAUGUUUUUUCCCCUUCUUUCGCACAGGUCCUUCACACUGGCAGAAUGCCAUAAGGCAUUGCCUCAGCAUGAAUAAGUGCUUUAUAAAAUUAGUAGUUCCAAGGUUAGGUGAUCGAAGGUGUCAUUUAUGGACAGUUGAUAAAAAGUACUCUUCAAAAUUAGAACAAGAUUUACAAAAGUAUCAUUCAAAAUAUGCAGAUGAUAUCAAAAGUUCCAUGGAAUGUCCGCAGUUUCUCAGCCACCUCAUGAAAGGAAGCUUGCGAAUUGAGUAUUCAAGUAGUGAUGAUGAAAAUGAUGAUGAAGACAGCUCUACAGCAGCUGCCAGCAUUCAAAAAUUAACUAUUAGGCCAAAAGAAGACACUCAUUCACUCUCUCCUUUCCUUGUCACAGGGGAGGUUUCUCUUUCAAACACCAAUAUCUCUAUCCAAAAUUUACGUGAUAUUGCUAAUCAGGAAAAGCACAAUGCCACAGCAGCCACUGAUGCGCCUGAAGUAAUUGUUCUUGAGUAAUGAGUUAGCCAGUCAAGGUUUGUCUAUAUAAGUAAGCUGUAGAAUGAGAUGUUUCUUUGCUAUUGCAAUGAAGAAAUAUGUGCAUUCAUUAAAUUAUGUCAUAUGCCAUGAUGUUUGUAAGGAGUACUAAAAAGAAUUUCACAAUCGUGACAUAGAUUGCAAUCUUGAAUUUUCCAGGCUACCGAAUGUAUGUCAAUUCCAUGUUUAUAGGUACAAUAUUUAUUUUUUAACACAAAAUUGUGUUACAGGAUGGAUAAAGAAUUGGGAGGGGUUAAAAGUUUAAAAAUUUGAGGUGCGCAGUUUGCAAAUCUUCAAUAUACUGUAAUGGGAUGCAGUUUUGCAGUUCUUUACAGUUUGUCUUUUUUUCUUUUGUGAUUUUUCCCUUUGCAUAUGAUUGGAAAAGUAAAGACGUACCACAUCGACUCACACAUACUCUAAAAAGUUAAAUUCUCUGUUUUUCUUUUUGGCAAUCCAGAUGGAAUGUGUUUAGGUAUAUCGGUAAAAUGCGACAUAUAUGUACAGUACAAGCGAGUUGCGUUAUAUGAUGAAUGUUCCAGACCUAUUUUAACUUCUGUAUGGAAAUGUGUUAUGGACCAAUCAUCAGUCAUUAAUUACCAUAAAAUUUUUGCCAUGUUUUAAGAGCUUGAAUUUAAGAGAAAUCACAGGUUUAGAUUUAGAUUAGAGGUUUGACAAAAAAUACGUAUUGGGAAUAUUGGUUUUUUGUAUGCAUUUUGUUAUUAUGUUAAGAGUUAAAAUUCCUUUAUCAUAGUUAAUUUUACAUGGUUUUUCAAAAAAAUGUUUUACUAUGUAAUACUAUUGAUGGUGCCUGCUAAAGUAUUGCAAUACUGAGUUUUGACCAGGUUAUAGGGUUCUUCACGAAUGUCCGUGAAUAGAACUUGCUUUGAACUUGACUUAUUGUCUCAUCCAUAGAUGAUAUGCUUUUUUGUUUUCUUUUAAUGUAUUGAUCCUUCAAAUGAGUUGCCAUUUAUUCUGUGAUGUUGAACAUGAUAGUACAAGUAAGGUAAUUAAAACUUGUAUAUAUUUUGUGAUAUCCUUCUCUUUUUUUAUGUAAAUAAAAAUAGAAACGGCAUUAAUAGUCCCCCCUUUUUUUAUUUUCAUUUUUUUUAAAGGUUUAGUAACAGGCAGAAUUCCGUUGUGCUAAUAUUAUGUAAUGUUGAAAAUAUGUAUAUGUUUGUGUACAGAUGUAUUUUUUUUUCACUGAUGAUAUGUAUCGGGUAUAUUGAGAUCUCAUUGUUGUAAGUUAUGUUUAAACCGUAUAUAACAUUUUUUUUGUAUAAAUGUUGGAUUUUAUGUAAUUCAUUGUGAGAGUUUUCAGAAUUAUUUUAAGCAAGCUUUUUGUAUUUGCUAACUGGAGAAUUGUAUGUGGUUUUUGAAUGCAUUUUGUAAUUGGUGAUAAAGUUGAUUACAUAUUUUUAUAAAUAAAAGUGACAAGUUA